CUUCAGUUACAGUCGCCAUUUUCUUGUUGUCGAAAACGGGCAGAGAAGGACGACAGGCGGCGGCUGAAAAAUACCACAAACUCGGCGUUGUUUUUCACCGAGUCAGGGCAGAACAGUUAGCUACAUGAGUUCAUGGACUGCCUGCUAAUCAAUGGUUAUGGUAUUUAUAAGGCUGGUGUAGGUUUCCCCGGGUCGUUCAGCUCAAAGAUGGACGACAAAGCAGCGAGGGAAGAUGCCUGCCGAGAGUAUCAGUCCUCGCUGGAAGACCUGACAUUCAACAGCAAGCCGCACAUCAACAUGCUGACCAUUCUGGCCGAGGAAAACCUCAACUUCGCCAAGGAUAUCGUCGCUAUUAUUGAAGCGCAAAUAAGCAAGGCCCCAUCUACCGAGAAGCUUCCAGUUUUGUACUUAGUGGAUUCCAUAGUGAAGAAUGUUGGAGGAGAGUACCUUGCAGUGUUUGCUAAAAACCUAAUCACUUCAUUUAUAUGUGUCUUUGAAAAGGUGGAUGAAAACACUAGAAAGAGUCUGUUCAAGUUACGAUCGACGUGGGACGAUGUGUUUCCUCUGAAGAAACUGUACGCGCUGGACGUCCGGGUCAACUCCGUGGACCCGGCCUGGCCCAUCAAGCCGCUGCCGCCCACCGCCAGCGCCAGCAUUCACGUCAACCCCAAGUUUUUAAAACAGUCUGAGGAGGCGUCCUCUCCGCUGCCUGUCUCCGCCCAGCCGCCGGCGCCGGUAGCGCCCGCUCCCCAGCCGGCCCCCGCCGUCAGCCAGUCCAGUCUGACCCAGGAGCAGCUGAUCCGACAGCAGCUGCUGGCCAAACAGAAGCAGCUCCUGGAGCUCCAGCAGAAGAAGAUCGAGCUGGAGCUGGAGCAGACCAAAGCACAGCUGGUUGGUGGGUUUGUGUUACCAACAUCGACUCCGGUCUCCACUCCAGCAGCACCGAAGCCCGUCAGCCAAACUGCUCCCGUGGUCCGGCCCUGGAUCCCUCCUCAGACUCAGACAGACACCAAGCCGCCCACCAGAGACCCCCGUCUGAACCGCACCGGCCCCCCGGCUGCCUCCCAGCCCAAAGAACAUCCUGCUGGGAAGAAAGCAGACACGACCACAACAGGAAGUCCUGCUGCGACACCUGAGAAAUCCUCCCGGCCAGACAAGGCCAGGAUCCCCAGGAAGGACGUGUCAGAGGAGAAGCCCAAGUCCAAGUCGCCGUCCCCGUUGGCCAAAAGUGUCCAGAGCAAAAACAAACAGGUGGAGGCCGAGAUUCAGAAGUCGGCGGACGGCACGAAGAAAGAUCCCAGGCUGAGGAAACGCACGCAGGACAAGACCGGAGAGGCCAAAGACGACGAGCUGAAGGAGAAGAAGAGAUGCACCGACAAGAAGGAGAGAGAGGAGGCGGCGCGCGCCGCAGAGCCGGCGAGGUCCAGCAAAGGGAAGCUGGUGAACGGCUCCGUGACCAAACACGACCGCGAGGAGUCCGCGGAGAAGGCCGAGUUCAAGACUGGAGGCAACGCCCGAACGCAUGCCAGGAAACGCACCCGCUCGCGGUCCAGGUCGCGCUCCCCCGCCGCCUCCCCGAAGAGGAAGGACCGGCGGUCGCCCAAGAGCAGAGCCAGGAGCAGCUCCCUGUCGCCAUCCCCCUCUCACAAACCCGGCAAACCCAGGAGGGUCCGCGCAGACGAACUGGAACACGGCAAGCCCAGCCGAGAGGACCGGCUCGCGCCAAAGAAGAACCAAUCGGAGAGCAGGAGGUCGAAGAGGCCGGCGGAGGACCGGCACUCCGAGUCCAGAGACUCUCAUUCCCCGCGGAGCCACGACGGAGGCAGCAAGGAGACGAAGGACGCUCCUCACCGCUGGAGGAGCGGCUGGGAGGAGAACAAACAUCUGAAGCUGCCGGAGGACUCUCACGCGAAGCCUGGACCUCAGAGACACAAACAGUACAGCACGCCGACUCGCCCCACCACCCCCCGAACCCCGAAGCAUCGCCUCAGCGUGGACGCCAACCUGCAGAUACCCGAAGUCCUCAACUCCGCCUCCAAGAAGGACCUGCUCAGGAGGGCCAGCAAGCGUCUGGAGAGCGGGGAGAUUUCCCAGGAGGACUUCCUGAACAUGGCCCACCAGAUCAAACAUUUCUUCCAGUAUCAGGAGGAGAAGCAGCAGCACUCCGAGACCUGGGACGGCUCCGGCAACUUCUCCGGCAAGAAGCAGCCGCUGCUCACCACGCCCCCCUCCGCUCAGCCCCGCCCCCACGACGGCAUGGACGCCGCGGAGCUGACGUACUACGAGCACAAGUCCAAGCUGAGGAAGACGCAGGUCACCCACCGAGCCGCCGGGGAGGAGUGGGAGGGCGAGGGCAGUCCAGAUGAGGCUGAGGAAGGUGGGCAGAGUGAGAAGGCGGGCGGGCGGAGCGCCGGACACCCGCCGCCACAUAAAUACAGCCGGGCGCCACGGGACCGGCAAGGUGAACGGCGAAGUAAAGAGCGCGAAGAGCCACGGCCGCCGCUCGGCCCCAUGAUCGAGGAGUACAACCACGGCAAAGAGUUCCCCACUCUGAAAUCUCUGCCAGGCCUUCGCUUCAGGAGGAGAGCCGACCCCCGAGAGCCGAAGAGGUCAGAGGUCAGGUUCUGGAGCCGCGGGGUGUCAGGGUCUCGAUCAGUGAUACUUCAGCAGGGUGAGAGAGAGUGGAACUCGCCGCUGACGGAGCGCCAGCGCUACGACGAUCGCGAGGAGCAGAAGAGUGGCUACGACGCUCCGCGGAGGUACGGCCCGCCUGCUGACUCCAGACACCCCGACCCACGCAGGCCGGAGGGACCCCCGCCCUCUGGCACCGUGGUCCACAGGAACUGCCCGAGUCCGGCUGGUCUGGACGCCCCGGCCCCGAGGUUCGAGCGCGAGCGCCUGUCGCCUCUACACCAGAAGGACUCGGCAGAGGUGAGCCCGAUCGCACGCUUCGAGAGUCCCAACAGUGAGCACUCCGACGACGGGCCCCUCAAUCUGGAUGUCCCCCCUCCUCAUCCCCCCCCUCCCCCCAAAUCCAUCCUCAAGGUGCCGCCCCGUGGAGGACCGCUGUCUUCUGUCCGACAGCACAGCGACUCCCCGGGACACACGCCACCGCACGACGGAGGACACCCUCCCUCCCGGUACGACGGGCACAUGGGCCCCUCCAGACCGCACCCUCCGGGUUGGUACGAAGGCGGCGGCCCCGGGCGCUACGAUGACUCGUCCCGGUUCGACAAGCCUCACCACCAGGGUCCCGGUAGGUUUGACGGUGGCGGUCCUCAUCACAACAUGCCAGAGAGGUUUGACGGACCCGGGCAGGUCGACGGACCCCACAUGGCUCACGGGCCCAUGAGAGGCGGAGAUGGUAUUGGGCGGUUUGACGGUCCACCUCACCCUCAAGGCCCUGGGAGGUUUGAUGGUCCGAUCGGUCAGCAGCCCCCAGUGAGGUUUGAGGGACAGGGGCCCGGACCGGGUCACUUUGAGGGUCCUAUGCAGCGUUUUAACAUGGCCCCGGGUCCUGGAUCUGGACCAAUGGGCUUCCAGCAGCAGAGGCCCAUGCGCUUCGAGGGCCCUCCAAACCAGAUGGGCCCGAUGAGGUUCGAAGGCCCCGGUCCGAUGCGCUUUGACGGGCCCGUCCAGCCGGGGCCCAGGUUUGACAUACCCAACGUGCCCCAUCAGGGCGCGCCCCCACACUACGAGUGCGCCCCUGGCCAGCAGGGCCCCAUGAGGUUCGCUCCCCAACACAACCUGCAGCCCCCCAUGAGGCAGAUGGCCCCGCCCAUCUACGAAAACCCAAUGGUCCCCCAGCAGAACUUCAACAUGGCCCCUCAGCGUUUCCCGGAGCCCAUGAACCCUCAGUUCCCCGCGGGGCCGAUGGCGUUCCCGGCUCAGCCGAACCUGCAGCAGGCAGGAAACUUCACCAUGCAGCAGGCGCCGCCCUUCAGCCAGCUGGCCCCCGCCCCCUUCUACAGCCCGGCCGCCCCCGCCGUCGGCAUGCAGCAGCCGGUCAACAUGAUGACGAACCUCAGCCAGCCCUUCCUGCCUCAGAACGCAGUGCCUUUCAGACCGCAGACUCCGCAGGUCGUCCCUCCAGAGAACCAUUUCGGUCAGGUGGACGUCAACGACCUGCUGUCCAAACUCAUCUCCAACGGCAUCAUCAAACCCUCGCAGCCCGACGCCGCCGCCCCGCCCGCCGACGCCGAGUCGUCUUCUGCGGCGGCUCCGGCAGCUCCUCCGUUGGAGGAGGAGGAAGAGGAGGAGCAGGAGCCGGAGGUGGAGGAGGAAGACGUCCCAGACCUCACCGGCUUCACCAUCGAUGACAUGAAACAGCGUUACGAGAGCGUGGUGACCAAGCUGUACUCGGGGAACCAGUGCUGUCUGUGCAGCAUGAGGUUCACCGCCGCUCAGACCGACAUGUACGCCGACCACCUGGACUGGCACUUCAGGCAGAACCACGCCGGGAAGGUCGCCAGCAAGAAGAUCACGCACCGCCGCUGGUACUACACCCUCAGGGACUGGAUCGAGUUUGAGGAGAUCGCCGACCUGGAGGAGCGAGCGAAGAGUCACUUCUUCGAGAAGGAGAACGAGGAGGAGGUCCAGAAGAGCCAGGCGGCCGCGAAGGAGAAGGAGUUCCAGAGCGUGAAAGCCACCAAGGACCAAGUGGGCGAGUUGUGUGAAAUCUGUCAGGAGCCGUUCGAGACGUACUGGGUGGAGGAGGAGGAGGACUGGUUCCUGAAGAACGCCAUCAGGGUCGACGACAAGAACUUCCAUCCCUCCUGCUUCGAAGAUUAUAAAAACACGUCCUCGUACCUCGACGUCACGCCGUCGCCCAACAAGGUGCUCGCUGACCACCCGCUGAGCGCCUUCGUGAAGAAGGAAGAGGAGGAGGAGGAGGAUACUUCCUGUGCUGUCGCCGCCGCCUCGCUCAAACAGGAAGUCGAGUCUGAGGCCGGCGAGCUUCCCGAUGUGAAAAAGGAGGAGCAGGAGGUUUUAACAGACGAAGUGCAAUCUGAUCAGAAUAAACAGUAACGCUGCUGCUGCCUCACCUUCACCUUUUCUUUGUUUUUGGAAGAAAAGGCGUUUUUACGUGCGGAGGCCGGGUCCUCGGCAACAUAACAUAAAUACAUUUUUGUAUUUGGAUUCUGCGCGACCAUUUCAGGUCUCCUGUUCUCUGUGAAUCAAAUGAAAACUGAACUGAAAUCGUUUAUUAAAAAAAAGAAAUGUUUCGUUUCCUUUUGGCUAAAGGAUGUAAAUGAUUUAAUUUAUAAAUUAAAGUAUUUUUUGGUAUCUCUGGUGUAACGGUGAUUGAAUCUAACGGCUGCAGUUUGCCGCCUGUUAGCCUGUACAUAGUUGGAUGGAUUGAUUGGUUUGACGAGUAGUUGCAGGUGUUGAGUUGCUUCUGGCUGCGUUAAAGGUAAGCAUCAUCUGAUUGGACAACCGAAGACUCCACCUGCUCUUCGGGAAUCGCUCCUGCGGAGGAUCGAAGUCGUCUUUUCGUUUGUUUUCUUUGGUCUCGAGUUGAUCUUCAAUAAAAGAGUCUGAAACUCGUUUGUGUGAACAGUGAUUGAUCUUUGACUGCUCUCAGUUUUAUUGUCAUUUGGGUUUCAAAACUAAAAAUAAAGGUUUAGUGGAUUUAAA